CUAAAUAUAAUCUGACCUCCUCAGUCGCCCGCUCCGUUUCAACUUUCCGUUCCAGCCUUACGGAAAAAGAAAAAAGAAAAAAAAACUUUCCCUUUCCAGACCCGCAGCCAUAUCCAAUUCCUUCCUCUAUCGGCAACCCGCUUUGGUUUGAAGCCAUAUUCGUCUCUUGGAGACCUUGUUGCUAUUGCUGAUUUCCAUUUCGUAGGUAUAAUGAACCAGCUCUCAUGGAUUUAUUUCUCUUGAAUCAUAUUUCUUAGGUCUCUUCCGGUAGUGAUUUUUGAGAAGCUAUCUCUUUUGCUAUUUCACCUCCAUGUUCGUCAUUGGUCGCCGGUUGCUCAUGUCUGCCGCCGCUUUCACUCUUGCCGAAUCUCAUCCCUAAAAUCAGAACGAAGGAGUCACAAUCCAUUCAACUGUCAAAUUGUUUAGAGUAAUUCAAAACGAAACUAGAGUUUCUACGGUUCUCACUUCCCCAAUUGAAAUGGACCCAAGGCACACAGGAGAUGUUUUCAAGCAUUUGGAAAAGCAAAGUGAACUCUUAAUGGAAGCCUAUAGAUCAAUGUCACAUGAACUACAUAAACUUCAGGUAGAGGAAGAAAUGUUGAUGCGGAAGUUCUACGAGAUAAUGUCUGCUCAUGGAAAAACUAAACAGAUUGAAGGUGGUAGUAAUGCUUCAGAUGACAGAAAAGUUGGAGACAAUCUGCCUUAGCUGUUUCAACUCACAGCAGUGUUGGUCUUUUUUAUGAAAUUGUAAAUGCUCUUUAGUUGUUUGUCAUUACUGAGAAGAGGACUGUAAUGGAGGAUUAUUCAUGUGACAAUCGGGAUUUAUUCAUUUUAAACAAAUGUAUUGCUUGCGUUCCAUAUAAAGCAUCAACAUUUUAUGUUUUACUAAUCUUUCAAUUGAAGCUUUUUAUAUAGCUUGCGGUAA